AUCUCCUCUCAGGCAAUAUACAUUCAUCAUAAGCUGCAGUUUUUCGUGACAGCUCACGAAAAGCUGCUCUUAUAGCUAUGAACAUUUUAUGAAAAAGGAAUCAUAUGUCUCGGAUCGACAGCGCAGAUCAGCCAAUGAGAGCACGACUCAGGAACCAGUGCGAGGGCGGGACUAGGACUUUAGUCCAUUCACAGCCGCUUGCAUUGUUUUGACCUCUGAAACCGCAUCACCGCCUACCUCGUGCCCAUGGCGGAGGAAAGCUAUAAAUAAAAGCAACACUGUAACAGGAGGGGGACGAAGUUGCAAAACUCCCGAGUAGGAGGGAGCUACACUGCAAGCCUGCUGAAAGACAAAAACGCAAAAUAACCUUAAAAACAGAAACCGAAGCAAACGCCGAUCCUCCGAAAUCUUCAUGUACUGGAAUACCUUUUUGUAAUGUUCAUAAUAUAUUCUAUGUGAAGAAAGUAUUUAUACUUUUUUUCUAUUUGCACUAACUAACGGUACUUCAGAACUACUGAGAAUCCUUUUUUUUGUUACAAAAAAGAAAUAAAUACCAUACCCUGUGGAAGGACAACUUCUACGAAACCAGCACUUUUGCUUUUGAACCUGUUUGAUCCAAGUUCCGGUUGCUUUUGCCAUCCUGCCUGGAGAGCGUCUGUGUCGCCAACCACGGAUAAACAAAGCAGACCUAGUAGACACAUUCAGACACACCUAAUCUUCACGUACCUAUCAAACGUCAGCAGUCAGCUAUGCAGCUUGAAAUCCAAGUAGCUCUCAACUUCAUCAUCUCGUACCUGUAUAAUAAGCUGCCUAGGAGACGGGUCAACAUCUUCGGCGAGGAGCUCGAGCGACAGCUGAAGCAGAAAUAUGAGGGACACUGGUACCCAGAAAAGCCAUACAAGGGCUCAGGAUUCAGAUGCAUCCACGUGGGGGAGAAAGUGGACCCUGUUGUGGAGAAGGCAGCCAAAGAGAGUGGGCUGGACAUUGAGGAUGUCCGCAACAACCUGCCCCAGGACCUCAGCGUGUGGAUUGACCCCUUUGAGGUGUCCUACCAGAUUGGGGAGAAGGGUCCCGUCAAAGUAUUGUAUGUUGACGACAGCAAUGAAAGUGGAGCUAAUAGUGGGGGGAUUGAUCUGGACAAGGAGAUCAAGAACAGUUUCAAUCCCGACGCACAGGUCUUCAUGCCCAUCAAUGAGCCUGUGAAUGGCACCUCUCCAGGCUCCAGCUCACCCUCUCCUCCUUUCGGCCACUCAGCAGCCGUCAGCCCCAGCUUUAUGCCCCGCUCCACGCAGCCUUUAACUUUCACAACCGCCACCUUUGCCGCCACCAAGUUUGGUUCCACUAAGAUGAAGAGCAGUGGGCGCAACAACAAUGGCAGCAGUAGUGCUGGGAACAAGGUUGCACGUACCUCUCCCACCAACCUGGGCCUGAAUGUGAACAGUCUCCUGAAACAGAAAGCCAUCUCCACCUCCAUGCACUCUCUGUACGGGUUGGGCAUUGGAACACAGCAGCAGCAGCACCAGAAGCCCUCAGCCCUGUCCCCUAAUGCCAAGGAGUUUGUGUUCCCCAGCCUGCAGGGCCAGGGCAGCCAGAGUGCUCUCUUCCCCGGGGACAGCUCGCUAAGCCUCAGCCCGCUGCAGUACAGCAAUGCCUUCGACAUGUUUGCGGCCUAUGGUGGCCUUAACGACAAGUCCCUUAUGGAUGGCUUGAAUUUCAGCUUGAACAACAUGCAGUAUUCUAACCAGCAAUUCCAGCCAGUUAUGGCUAACUAGUACAUGUAAAGGUACUACUUAAGCUACUACUUCACACAGAAACGACCAGAGAUAAUGUGAUGGGGGGAAACAAACACAAAUGCACAUUUCGGAAAA